AUGUCGAAAAACUUCGACAACUCAUCAGCCUAUGGGAGAGCUGAGAAAAUCCUUGGAUUCACGCAGCGGCGCCGCAGCGACUGCGUCAACGGAAGCACCCUGCAGUUCUCCGUCCAGACGACUCGAGUCCGAUCCCAUAACGAUGGCUUCUUCCGCCAACUCCGGGAGGAACUGACAGCAAAGUGUGCAAGGAAUGACCGGAAGAAAUAUUGGACUGAAACAUCGGCCUCCAUGAAGCAGGUCUCACACGUUGGUCACGGUAGAAAACUCUAUCAAAUUGUUGGCCAAGUUAAUGGUAUGUCCUCCGUAAUUAGCACGCUUGUUCGCGAUGUGAAUGACGGCUUUAGUGCUGACAACUCGGCCAAGGUUGGUCGUUGGUGUGAUCACUUAGAGCACCUUCUCAAUUCUGGUGAGGAGCUCAUUAAACUCUCGUUCUCCUCUGCAGCGGAGUUUUAUUCCGAUCCGACCUAUGCAGUGGCAUGCAACCCGCCCUUUGGGAGAGAAAUUGCCGAUGCAAUACAGAGGCUGCACAAAAAGGCGCCCGAGGUGGACCGAAUUCCCCCUGAAAUCUGA